AUGGCUGGAAUAGUGAGCAAGCGCCAGCAGGCGCGCAACGAAAAGGUCCUUCAAGAAUUAGUUCAGAAGGUUCCAGGAAAUAAUGUGUGCGCCGACUGUGCCGCAAGAAACCCAGCUUGGGCUUCAUGGAGCUUGGGCGUCUUCUUGUGUGUCAGAUGCGCAAGCCUCCACAGGAAGCUAGGAACCCACAUUUCCAAGGUCAAGUCCUUGAGUAUGGAUAGCUGGACAGUCGAGCAAGUCGAGAACAUGAAAAAGCUCGGCAAUGUUGCUUCGAAUAAGAUCUAUAACCCUCAGAAUAAAAAGCCUCCCAUCCCUGUAGACGUAGAUGAGGUUGACUCCGCCAUGGAAAGGUUCAUCCGAGCCAAAUACAUUUCUAACAGCCUCAGUGGAGGCAAUAAGAAGGGCGGCAUCUCGGCUAGCAUUUCCAUCGAGGAAACACCACCACCCCUUCCCCCCAAGGGCAAGUUCGGUCUCCGAUCCGCCUCGUCACUGUUCCCCCUCUCAUCCAAGUCGAAGAAACAAGUUCCUUCUCCGGAUGUCCUAUCCCCCACAAGAGAGCAUUAUCGGAGACCUCCUUCUCCGCGUCUGGUGAACAAGCCGUCGCAGGUAUUUGGUGCCACGAUCGAGUACGAAACGGGGGAUACAGAGCAUAAGUUGGGCAGACUACGUGACAUGGGUUUCAUGGACAAUUCGCGCAACGCUAUGAUUUUGAAGGGCGUUCACGGCAAUCUCGAAAAGGCCAUCGAAACUUUGAUUCGCCUCGGAGAAGGCGGCUCGCGAUCACCCUCCUUGGCAUCCCCUCGAGAAAGCUCCCUUCGCGCCACUCGAUCUUUGACACCCCUCUCCCCGAAUCCCGUUGCAACGACGAACGGCCGAGUCGCCCCUGCGACACCUCCUGCCGCGUCUACGAACCCUUUCGACAUGCUCACUCCACAGCCGCAAACUGCGCAGUCGACCGGAACUCUGCAGAAUAGGAACGCCAAUCUUGCGUCGACAAACCCGUUCGGUCACCCCACGAACCAGCUAGAUCCCUUCAGCCAGGCAUUCCAGAACAUGUCCCUCGCAGCACCACAGCAACCCUUAUUUCCCAACCACACUGGCGGGAUUCCUCCCCAGCCCGCACAAGUUGGUUACAACCAGCAAGCUUCCAUGCUGGCCCCCGCACCCGCACCCGCACCCGCACCCGCACCUAUAGCUUUCAAUAACAAUCAAACCUAUCCUCAACUUCAGCCGCUCCAGAUUCAGCAGAUCUAUCCUCAACAAACCGGUCUCUCGCCCGCAUCGGCCCAGUCCACACCAGGCCUCCCAUACAACUACAACCCUUUCUUCUCGGACCAAGCGCAAGUGCAGGCCCAAACACAGGCACAAGCACAGGCACAGGCACAGGCACAGGCACAGAUGGCAUCACAGCAACCUCUGGCUGUCAACACCAUGAUCACGCCUGGUUUUGGAAGUAACCCUUUUACGCGGUCGCCGACCCGCAUUCAAUCUCCAACUCUCAGCCAGAUCCCUGAACGGUCGCAGUAUGUCACGACCCCGUCACAACCGACGAAUCCUUUCUUUUCCCAGGCACAAUACCCGCAAGCGUCGCCUGCUAUGCAGCCAACACAGGCAUACGGUCAGAAGCCAGACAAGGCCUCCAUUCUUGCCCUAUAUAACUAUCCACAGCUCGCCCCACAACCCAUAGCGGUAGCACCGCAAGAACAGCAACCAGUGCCGGCUGCAGCGGUCUAUGCCACCCGUCCUGCUGGCCUUGACCCGCAACAACCGCGGAGUGUCUCCACACCUCUCCCAGGCAACAAGAACCCAUUUGCUCUGAGCAAUGGAACAACAUCGCCUUCCGCAGCAUCUCCUUUGCCAACCAAUGACAUCUUUUCCAAUGGCCUCGGCCCUGGGAGUCGCGAGAGCAUCGCUCUUGGCAUGGACAUGGCAAGUUGGUCCAAGAGCGGACGUCACAGCCCAGAUGCUUUUGCUAGCCUAAGCGCGAGACACGCAUUGGACCUGGUGUCGAGGGUGGAUAUUGAGACGACCAUGGCCACGGUGUAA